AUGGAGAAGUGGAUGGGCAGAUGCGGGCUCUGUCUGAUGCUGCUUCUGUCCCUUCCUCAGAUCUGCCUGGAUCAGGAGGUGUUCUCUGGACACUCUCUUCAGACACCCCCAGAGGAAGGCCAGGGCCCUGAGGGCAUCUGGGGACCUUGGGACCAGUGGGCCCCUUGCUCCCAGCCCUGUGGGGUGGGGGUGCAGCGCAGGAGCCGGAUAUGUCAGCUCCCUACAGCUCAACUGCACCCGGGCCUGCCCCUUCCACCCCGGCCCCCAAGACAUCCAGAAGGUCCCAGGCCCCACGCUUCCCGAAGAACCCUCCCCCUGUACAGAUCAGAGCCUCAGGGAAGAGGCGGCCAGCUUCAGAGUCCUGCUUCCCAGCUUGGAAGAGAGGAGACCCAGGACAGUCACGGGGCCCGGAGGUCCCGUGUUCGAGACCCCAUCAAGCCAGGAAUGUUCGGUUAUGGGAGAGUGCCCUUUGCUUUGCCAUUGCAUCGGAACCGCAGGCACCCCCAGAGGCCACCCAGAUCUGAGCUCCCCCAGACCUCUUUUAGGGGAGAAGCACCCCUUCCAUCCCUGACUGCAGGAGCAGAACCAUCCUCCCCAAACCAGACCCUUGAAACUCAGCCCCCUGCUACAGAGCUGUCUGCCCAUACCCAGUCCCCCCCAGCAGAACCCCCAAACCCUGCAAUUUCUCAGGCAGAUGUGCCUUCCAGAGCCAGGCCUGCCCCCACAGGGCCACACCCCAGAAACCAGGCCUUGGACACAGAGCCCCUCUUGCCCACGCCCUCUCCAGAAAGAAGUAUCUCCUUUCCUGCGUCCCCUCAGCCAAGAAUGCCAGGUUCCCAGAGGUGGGCCGGUCCCCAGGUAGUGGGGAGACGUCCUAAUCCUUUAACCACUGCCCCUUGGGGCCGAAGCCCGCAGAGCUGGGAGCAUUGGAGACCUGGGGGGAGUCUUCACAGGUCCCAUAUGGAGCCUGCCCCUCACCACCCGGAUGGCUGGUUCCCUCUGCUGAGUGCUGGACCUCACUCCAGCUCCCUCUGGAGCCUCUUUGCUCCCAGCACCCCUGUCCCGAGAUGCUCUGGAGAGAAUGAGCAGCUGAGAGCCUGCAGCCAAGCGCCCUGCCCCCCUGAGCAGCCAGAUCCCCGGGCCCUGCAGUGUGGAGCCUUUGACUCCCAGGAAUUCAUGGGCCAGCUGUACCAAUGGGAGCCCUUCACUGAAGUUCAGGGCUCCCAACGCUGCGAACUGAACUGUCGGCCCCGUGGCUUCCGUUUCUACGUCCGUCACACGGAGAAAGUCCAGGACGGGACUCUGUGUCAGCCUGGAGCCUUAGACAUCUGCGUGGCCGGACGCUGCCUGAGCCCCGGCUGUGAUGGGAUCCUCGGCUCGGGCAGGCGUCUGGAUGGCUGUGGUGUCUGUGGGGGUGAUGAGUCUACCUGUCGUGUUGUUUCGGGGAACCUCACUGACCGGGGGGGCCCCCUGGGCUAUCAGAAGAUCCUCUCGAUUCCUGCCGGAGCCUCCCGGCUGCACAUCGCCCAGCUGCGGCCCAGUGCCAAUUACCUGGCACUCCGAGGCCCUGGGGGCCGGUCCAUCAUCAAUGGGAACUGGGCCGUGGAUCCCCCUGGGUCCUACACAGCUGGUGGAACUGUCUUCCGGUACAACCGUCCUCCCCGGGAGGAGGGCACAGGGGAGAGUCUGUCAGCCGAAGGCCCCACAACCCAGCCAGUGGAUGUCUAUAUGAUCUUUCAGGAAGAAAACCCAGGGGUUUUUUAUCAGUAUGUCAUCUCUUCACCUCCUCCAAACCAUGAGAACCCCACCCUAGAGGCCCCUAACCCCCAACUUCAACCUGAGAUUCUCAGGGUGGAGUCCCAGCCUGCUUCAGCGCCCCGCCCUGCCCGGACCCCAGGCACCCUCCAGCGUCAGGUGCGGAUCCCCCAGAUGCCCGCCCCGCCCCAUCCCAGGACACCCCCAGGGUCUCCAGCCGGAUACUGGAAACGGGUGGGACACUCGGAGUGCUCGGCGUCCUGUGGAAAAGGUGUCUGGCGCCCCAUUUUCCUCUGCGUUUCUCGGGAGUCGGGAGAGGAACUGAAGGACCACAGCUGUGCCGUGGGCUCUCGACCCCCGGCCUCCUCGGAGCCUUGCCACGGCCCUCCCUGCCCCCCAUACUGGGAGGCUGGCGAGUGGACUUCCUGCAGCCGCUCCUGUGGCCCUGGCACCCAGCACCGUCAGCUGCGCUGCCGCCAGGAGUUUGGAGAGGGGGGCUCCUCAGUACCUCCUGAGCGCUGUGGACAUCUCCCCCGGCCCAACGUCACCCAGCCCUGCCAGCUGCGGCUCUGUGGCCACUGGGAGGUCCGCUCCACCUGGAGCCAGUGCUCUGUGCGGUGCGGGCGGGGUCAGCGGAGCCGCCAGGUGCGCUGUGUUGGAAGCAACGGUGACGAAGUGAACGAGCGGGAGUGCCUGUCAGGGCCCCCGCGGCCCCCCAGCAGAGAGGCCUGUGACAUGGGGCCCUGCACCACGGCCUGGUUCCACAGUGACUGGAGCUCCAAGUGCUCAGCUGAAUGUGGGACAGGCAUCCAGCGACGCUCUGUGGUCUGCCUGGGGAGUGGGGAGGACCUCGGGGCUGGCCAGGAGGAAGCCGGGGCCGGAACCAGUGAGCAGAGCUGCCCUCCAGGAAGCCGCCCCCCUGACAUGCGUGCCUGCAGCUUGGGGCCCUGUGAGGUGACCUGGUGCUGGUACACAGGGCCCUGGGGUGAGUGCUCCUCAGAGUGCGGCUCUGGUACGCAGCGUAGAGACAUCAUCUGUGUGGUCAAACUGGGGGCAGAGUUCAACGUGACGUCUCCUCACAACUGUUCCCACCUGCCCAGGCCCCCUGCCCUGCAGCCCUGUCAGGGCCGGGCCUGCCAGGACCGAUGGUUUUCUACACCUUGGAGUUCGUGUUCCCGCUCCUGCCAGGGGGGCGUGCAGACAAGGGAGGUCCAGUGCCUCACCGCCGGCCAGACGCUCAGCACCCGCUGUCCUCCUCACCUGCGGCCCUCCAGGAAACAGCCCUGUAACAGCCAGCCGUGCAGCCAGCGCCCCGGUGAGCAGUGCAAGGACAGCUCUCCACACUGCCCCCUGGUGGUGCAGGCCCGCCUCUGCGUCUACCCCUAUUACACAGCCACCUGUUGCCGCUCCUGUGCCCGCGUCCUGGAGCGGUCCCCCCCGGAACCUGCCUGA